AACAAGCACCUGUUGCCUGCAGACAGGAAGCCGGGAGAAGAGACAGAGAGCCUGUUGCACAAUACAGACGAACGAGUUGAACUUUGGAGCGGAGCAAUGGAGGCGGGACAGGAUGCAAAUCUGUUUCACACAUGACUUGUGCUGUGCGGCUGGACGUGCUGAGCUUCUCUGUGCCUGUGUGGUUGAAUUUAGAAUAAACAAAAUGAGAACUUUGAUAAAAGUGCUGCUGGCCAGUGUGUGUGUUGCUUACAUAGCUGUCAGGUGGACUGCUCCCAGUUUUAAUGCAGAAUCUCUGAGAGGAGCCAGGGUGCUGGUGACUGGGGCCAGUUCUGGGAUCGGUGAACAAAUGGCGUAUCAUUACUCCCGCUUUGGAGCCCAGAUAGUUAUUACAGCGAGGAGAGAGAAGGUGCUGCAGCAGGUGGUAGAGAAGUGCCUGAGUCUGGGAGCCCAGAAAGCUGUGUACGUAGCAGCAGACAUGGUCGAUGAGGCGCAGCCUGAGAAAGUGGUGGACUUUGCUCUGGAGAAGCUUGGAGGUCUGGAUUACCUGGUCCUCAACCACAUUGGCUCGACCACCUUCAGCAUGUGGGACGGAGACGUAGAGCACAUGAGGUGGCUGAUGAAGCCCAACUUCUUCAGCUACGUUCAGAUGGCUUGGAGAGCGUUGAGUGCCCUUGAGCAAAGCAAAGGUGCAGUGGUGGUGGUUUCAUCAGUUUCAGGUAAAAUGGCCAACCCCUUCACCGCACCGUACACGUCCACGAAGUUUGCCUUGAACGGUUUCUUUGGGGUCCUUCGACAUGAGUUAUUCAUGAAGAAGAGCAACGUGUCCGUUUCUAUAUGUACACUGGGGCUCAUUGACACUGAAACAGCCUUGAGUAAAAUCAGGGGGGUCCUUGAUGCGACGGCUUAUCCUGCCACAGAAGCUGCCUUGAACAUCAUCAUCACAGGAGCCACCAGACAACCCGAGCUCUUCUACCCCUGGUUCACUUACGUCAUCAAUCUGUUCAAAGACUGGUCUCCGUCUCUUACGGAACAUCUUGUCCGGAGCGCUUACAAAUAUGACCCUGAGAGCCUCUAAUUCCAGUACCUGCUCUAAGGCGAACAUACAGAUAAGGUAACAGUGAAAAAGAGGGCUGUCCAUCUACAGCCACAAACAUUCAGUUCUAUCAGAAUUUAGACUUUCACACCUUAGUAUAAGUGAACCAUGGCAUUUACCCCAUGCACAGCUUUCUAUUAAUGUUUGUAUUUCAGCUGUGUUUUUGAUUUUUGAAUGCACAUUUACCUGAAGGGACCAAUACUGUGAAUAUCCAUGAGGCCAAUAAUUUGAAAAUGUGAAGCCUGCUCAUUAGAGACAGUUGCAUGUACUGAGCCAUGAUGUCAUUUUAUAAAUACUUGGAGUUUUUAUUUUAUACAUGAUAAAUGGGAGCCACACAUUUUUUUAAUUUGAAGCUUAGUGUCCGGCCUCACUCCAAACUGCUGAAGUCAAAAGAGAAUGAUCGCGUGCAUGUAAAUGAAUGCCACAGAUGGAGCCACCAUGAAUGAAGGUGAAGGCCUGAAGAGACUCCACAUCCCACCUCUGAACCAGACAGACAGGAAAAUCAGAAGCAACACACCACCAGGACUGGAUAUGGAGCGAUGUGUUCAUUUGUUUCUUUUUGUCAGUAGGGAUUAAAAUCAACAUGAUUGUUUAGUGGGUGUUCUGAACGUGAUUGUGUGGAUGGUUUUAGCAGAAAGAAUCAGUUGUGAGAAAAAUAAAUUGGUCUGAGGGCUCUUUUAUUUUUAUGAAACCUUCGGAGCCAUAACUCUUAAGUUGUUUUUGUUUAGAGUUUUAAAAGGAAUUCAGCCACUCUUUCUAGAAAUGUGUUGUGGAAAACUAUAAGUUUACUGUGCCAUUAUUGACGUGUUUAGAAGUGCACGAGUGAUGUUCAGUAGAAGAAGAACAUUUGAAUAAAUUUUUAUGAAUCA